CACAAGCCCCAGUGCGAGGCAGUUAGCCGGCGGUCAGCUCAGCAGUGCUGCCAUCACAUGAGCUUUGUUAUGCUGCUUUAACAGGAGCUGUAAUGUCCACUCGUACAGAAACUCGAAGAAGAGCAGCUAACACCGACCACGAGAAUGAAGAGCUUUCAUGGGACCAGGGUAGUGUCAGAGCUAACACUGGUAUUAGUGAUAAUCCCUUCAGCUCCAGUUGUGAUCAUGUGUGUGGAAAUGGUCACCAAGUCAGUACCACUGACUGCCACCUACAUUUGCCCUGCUGCUCUUACAGACCCAAACACACAAACAAAGGACAUAGCACACACACAGCUAAUGAAACGUUGGAAGAAGUAUUAUGCAGUAAGACCACUAUAAGUGCUGAAAAUGAGGUGGAGGCACAAAAACUUGCCAAUAAUUACAAGUUCGGAUUCAGAAAAUGGAAAAGCCAUGUGACUGAGCGGCCCUUUGAGGACAGAUCAGAAAUUGUGAAGGAGCUCUACUCAGAGCUCACCAUCAUUAAACCAAACACAGGCUCUUUAAUUACAUGUGGAAAUGUUUUGUAUAUCUUUUUAUUCGGUUGGUGGAUCUCUCUGGUGUACCUUCUCAUUGGUAUCAUGAUGUACAUCACCAUUAUCGGCGCUCCUCAUGGUAAAUUGUGCUUCAGACUGUCCUGCUACUUUUUGUGGCCAUUUGGAAAAGCAAUACAGAAGGCGAGUGGUCCACUUUCAAACCCUGGAGUGAAACUCCACAAUGAUUUACUAGGUGAAGGGGACGAGGGGAAGCCAGCCUCUCCGCUCUUGAGGCCCAGAACUGUAGUGGACGACAUGGAUGGAUCACCCAGGCCUCCAGAGCAGCUUUACUGGAAUAAUCUGAGUGUGUAUGUGUGGGUGCUGCUGGGAUAUCCUCCUCUGGUGGUGGCUCAUGGCGUGUUGUGUGUACUCUCCUGGCUCUUGGUCUUCACCAUCCCCGUAGCCAAAAUAAGCAUCCGAACCCUGACCAACGUCUUGCUAAUUGCCCCCGAGCACGUCCUCAUAAACGAUGGCACUAGGGAAGGUGAAGGUCGAGCCAUUCUGUGCUGCUACCAUGCAGUGAAUAUCUACUACUACAAGUACAAGGUUGAUGGGAUCAAUGUUUUUGCUGUCAAUCUCCUUCCUUUGGUUGUUUUCUCUCUGGUGCUUGGCUAUGUGGAUCAUGACAACCAGUUUGCUAGUGCUGAGGUUAAGUUCACCACCGCGAUAGGUUCGCUCAUCCCACUGUCUUAUUAUAUAGGAAUGGGCAUAGCCAGUAUAUCGGCUCAGAGUAACUUUGCAGUCGGAGCAGUGGUCAAUGCCACGUUUGGCUCGAUCACCGAGCUUACCUUUUACAUCACGGCCUUGCUCAGGGGUCAUCACCAGGACAACAUGUGCCUACAGGAGAUUGUGAAAGCAGCACUGACCGGGACGUUGCUCGGGUGCAUUCUGUUCAUCCCGGGGAUCUGUAUGAUCAUCGGAGGGCUGAAACACAGGGAACAGAGGUUUAAUAGCCGCUCGGCUGGAGUCAGCUCCUCUCUACUUUUCAUAUCUAUCGGGGGUGUGUUUGCCCCUACUCUCUUCUCUAAAGCUUAUGGGAAUCUGGUGUGUGAAGGCUGCACUAGCUCCUCUGGGACCAACAGCAGCAAUGGGACGUUCACCUGCAGGAGCUGCCACUAUGACAUGAAUGAACACAACUACACCCUGUUUCACAGCCAUGUAGCACCUCUGGUGUACACGGUGUCGGUUCUGCUGCCAGUGUCCUACAUCAUCGGUCUUCUGUUCACUCUGAAGACUCAUUCUCACAUCUACGAUAUUCAUGUUGGGGACGGAAGUGUAACAGGUCAUCUAGGAGCAGUGGUGCACUGGUCUCGCUGGAGAGCUCUGCUCAUCCUGAUCAUAGCCACAGUGCUCAUGUCCUCCUGUGCUGAUCUCAUCACUGAGCACAUCCAACCCAUACUGAACCACCCGAACAUCUCCCAGUAUUUUAUAGGUGUGACAGUUUUGGCUAUGGUUCCUGAAAUCCCAGAGAUAGUGACUGGAAUACAGUUUGCUCUUCAGAAUAAUAUCAGCUUGAGUUUAGAGGUCGGGAGCUGUAUUGCGGUUCAGGUGUGCAUGAUUCAGAUCCCCAUUUUGAUCCUGUUCAAUGCCUUUUACGAUGUUGGCUUCGUGCUCAUCUUCAGUGACCUGCAUCUGUGGGCCAGCAUCUUCAGCGUCAUCCUCGUCAACUACAUCUUCAUGGACGGAAAGUCUGACUACUUUCAAGGUACAGCUCUCGUGGUUGUCUAUCUCAUCCUCCUUGCCCUCUACUUCUUUGCUCCUUCUCCAGCAGGUUGUUAAUAGGGACACUAGCCUGCUCUUGUUUGUUGGUUUCUUUACUAAAUCAACAUUUAAAGUGCUUCUGCAGUAACACAUCAUCACAUGUCUGCAUUCUGGAUUGAUGCACAAUAUGAAUUACAAUGAAAAAUUACACAAAGGUACCAUUAACCAUUAUUUGAUUACGUUGUUACUGAAGUCUUUUAGUGAGAUAUUUAAUUUCUAAAAUGCAAUGAACUUUAAUGGUUUAAAGUGUUCUGUAUGAUACACACUGUAGACCUUGGAGAUCUCAAUAUAUCUGUGUUACUCAGAUUGAGAGAGAGAGAGAGAGAGAGAGACAGACAGACAGAGAGAGAGAGGGAGGGAGGGAGGGAGAGAGUAAGAGGGAGAGAGAGAGAGAGAGGAAGGGAGGGAGAGAGUGUGAGAGAGAAAGAGAGAGAGAGACAGACAGACAGAGAGAGAGAGGGAGGGAGGGAGAGAGUAAGAGGGAGAGAGAGAGAGAGGGAGGGAGAGAGUGUGAGCUUUUUAUUUGACUACGCCGCUGAUGGUACAAAGUUUUUAUAAAUCUGGUUAUUGAUUAAAAACGUCUGCACUUAUGACUGUUGAAGCAAUAUGAUGUUGACUCUUUAUAUGUUCUCUGUCUCCUGUACAGCAGUGUUGGGAAACAAACACGUAUCUACUAAUUUAAAAAGAAAACAAUAUUAUAUUUUGUUAUUUAUUGUACUUUUUUAAAAUACUUUUUUUAGCAUAGUCUAAUAUAUUCCACCAGUAAUAAUGACACACUGAAUCAAUAUUUUUGUCUUUUUCAAUUAAAAGAACUUUAGUUUAAUAAAUGAAUAUCGACAAUGAUGCAGUGUUUCUUGGAGGUGAAUUCAUGUAGUUUGCUGUGCUUUUGGCAUUGUGUAAGAGCUAUUACAUUUUUCAUUUUUUAGAUUUUGUAAGAUCUCAGGCUGUGUAUAGAAAAUAUCCUCUACAUCACAUUAUAUGUUUAUUACACACCUUGGACUAAUUACUGUAUACUGUAUGUACCAUGUGCUUUCAUGUGAAAUUGCCAACAUAUAACUCAUUUAGUCUCCAGUACAUUUUAAUUUAAUUUAGCACAGCAGUCUGUUUUGUGAAGAAGGCACAGCCAGGUCCAUAAAUAUUUGGACUUGACAAAGUUAUUGUUUUUUGUUCUGUCUAUCACAGUAUGUUGGAAUUUAAAUUGUAUAAUAAAUAGGAACUUAAAAUACAGCAUUUUUAUAGAAGAGACCAAACAUAAUUGGCCAGUUGGCUGCUCAGCUGUUCCCGAGAGCAGAUUAAAGGUCUAGACUGUUUGCAUUUGGAAUCUGUUGAAUGUUAACUCUCAAUAUGAAAUCCAAAGCCACUGUAGUGAGCCAUCACUGGACUGAAAAACCAAAACAAACCCAUCAGCUAUGUGGUACAUUCUUAAAAAGAAAGAAAGAAAAGAACCAAAAGCCUGGAAGGCGAAAACAACUGGACAAAAUAAUGAAUUAAAGACAAGAUCCUUUCCUGGUGAAGGAAAAAAAACCGUUACAACAUUUGGCCAGAUCAAGAACAGCCUCCUGGUGGACGAUGAUUAGGCCACAUACUGUCUUAGACAGCUACUAACUGACCGGGUUGAAUCCUUUUUUAAAGUUGAUUUAUUUAUCUUUUUUACAAUUAUGAUUACGUGUGUAAAUUCUAAAUAAUAUUGGACCAAAUGCAUUGCAAAAAUGUGUUUAGGAAAGUGCUCCAGAUCUGCUGUGUUUUUGAACAAUGUGACCCUUAACACGUGUUUAAUGUACAUUGGCAAACUGUAUAAUGAGGUUCAAAAGUAUUGGAAAAGGCUUUGUUUUGUAAUUUACAA